UUCGCUCUCAGCCACCAAAAGCGCCGCUUCUCCCCUCCUUCUCGCCCACUCCUCGCCACCCCUGCAGGUUUCCGAGUCAUCAGGGAACACGAGUGGGUGAAAGCACCCGCGCCACCGCCUCCUCCUCCGCCUCCUCAGUGCGCUUCGGGUUCAGCACUGGACAGCUCCCGCCCCAGCCAACAAAUGGCAGUCAGCUGAUUGACAGAGGCGCCGACCAAACAGGGCACAAGACGACUUGAAACCGCCCUACAAGGGUUUGGUUGCGGCCAAGCUGUCUCUUUAAACUGGUUUCAUCCGAGAGCAGGGAGAGGCAGCGGUGUGGUUUGUGGCGAAACCUAAAGGCUCCACUUAACCAGCUGCCUGACUGUCUAUACUCCAGAGACACGAACAUCUAAAGAAAACCUUGGCUCCUUGGGACUCGCCGCUGCACUCGCGGCGUGGGUCUGUGUGCGCGCUUCCAUCUCGGGGAGAAGGGGGUCGAGGAGGGGCCAGAGCUGGGAGGCGGGAACGACCUGCCAAGGGUGAGAUGAUGGAGCAGAGUCUUUGGCGGCCGCGGUGGCAGCAUCAGCAUCAGCGGCAUCAGCAGCAUCAGGAUCAGCUCUUGAGCACACCUCAAUGAGAGCGGCGGUGGAAGCGGCUGAGCAGAAAGACGUAAGCGGGCUAACUAUAGCUGCCGGGGAUGUAACCUGUUUGGCUCAAGGCUGCGAGGUGCGUAAUCCCGAGCCGACCCAUUGUGGAGCGGGGCGCAGCCAGCAUUGCCACAGGUGAUUUGGUCUGUGACAGCAGCUGAGCCAGCUGGGCCAAUUUCAAAACAUUCUUAUUUUAAAGUCCAUCUGGACUGGGCGCCACCUGGAGAAGGAGGAAGGCACCCCCCCUCUCAAAAAAAGUCUUACUGGUGAUAAAUCAAGGACCAAAUUUUACAGAGUGACUCCUUCAGUUACCUCCUCUCUUCUGUGCUAGACAGAUGGGAGUCAUGGCUUACUCUCUACUCCUUUGCCUCCUGCUCGCUCAUCUGGGAUUGGGAACUGUUGGCGCCAGCCUCGACCCUCCUGGACGGCCUGAUUUCCCUCGAGAGAGGACCCUGAGGGGGAAGCAGCAUGGUCAGCAGCUGGCGCGAGCCUCUGCCCCGGACCCCUCUACUUCCUGGAGCCGCUCCACCGACGGCACCAUCUUGGCACAGAAACUAGCCGAGGAGGUGCCCGUGGACGUGGUCUCUUACCUCUACACCGGGGACUUCCACCAGCUGAAGCGAGCCAACUGCUCCGGCCGCUACGAGUUGGCGGGCCUGCCGGGGAAGUCACCGGCCCUAGCCAGUUCUCAUCCCUCCUUGCACGGGGCGCUGGACACUCUGACACAUGCCACCAACUUCCUCAACAUGAUGCUGCAGAGCAAUAAGUCUCGGGAACAGACCGUGCAGGAUGACCUGCAGUGGUACCAGGCUCUGGUGCGAAGUCUUCUUGAGGGUGAGCCCAGCAUCUCCCGGGCGGCGAUCACCUUCAGCACCGAGUCGCUGUCCACGCCUGCCCCGCAGGUCUUCCUCCAGGCCACCCGCGAGGAGAGUAGCAUCCUGCUCCAGGAUCUGUCCUCCUCCGCUCACCACCUGGCCAACGCUACUCUGGAGACCGAGUGGUUCCAUGGGCUUCGGCGAAAGUGGAGGCCCCACUUGCACCGCCGCGGCUCCAACCACGGGCCACGGGGCCUGGGACACAGCUGGCGGCGCAGGGAAGGGCUCGGAGGGGACAGAAGCCACAUCAAGUGGUCUCCACCUUAUCUGGAGUGCGAGAAUGGGAGUUACAAGCCAGGCUGGCUGGUCACUCUCUCUGCUGCCUUUUAUGGGCUCCAGCCUAACCUGGUCCCGGAAUUCAGGGGUGUGAUGAAAGUUGAUAUAAAUCUUCAGAAAGUGGACAUUGACCAAUGCUCGAGUGAUGGCUGGUUUUCAGGGACUCACAGAUGCCACUUGAACAACUCAGAGUGUAUGCCAAUCAAAGGCCUAGGAUUCGUGCUUGGAGCCUAUCAGUGCAUUUGCAAAGCAGGAUUCUAUCAUCCCCGUGUCUUCUCAGUCAACAACUUUCAGAGAAGGGGUCCAGAUCACCAUUUUUCAGGAAGCACAAAGGAUGUGUCAGAAGAAGCCCACGUCUGCUUGCCCUGCAGGGAAGGCUGCCCCUUCUGUGCUGAUGACCGCCCAUGCUCUGUCCAGGAGGACCAGUACCUGCGACUUGCUAUCAUCUCCUUCCAAGCUCUGUGUAUGCUGUUGGACUUCGUCAGCAUGCUGGUGGUCUACCACUUUCGCAAAGCAAAGAGCAUCAGGGCUUCUGGCCUCAUCCUGUUGGAAACAAUACUCUUUGGGUCUCUGCUCCUGUACUUUCCGGUUGUUAUUCUAUACUUUGAGCCAAGUGCAUUCCGUUGUAUUCUCCUAAGAUGGGUCCGUCUUCUUGGGUUCGCUACUGUUUAUGGAACUGUGACCCUCAAGCUUCACAGGGUUUUGAAGGUGUUCCUUUCACGAACAGCACAAAGAAUCCCAUACAUGACUGGUGGCCGGGUCAUGAGGAUGCUAGCAGUCAUACUGUUGGUAGUGUUUUGGUUUCUCGUUGGCUGGACUGCUUCUAUGUGCCAGAACUUGGAGAGGGACAUUUCGCUUGUUGGCCAAGGGCAAACAUCUGAUCACCUCACCUUCAACAUGUGCCUCAUUGACCGCUGGGAUUACAUGACAGCAGUUGCUGAAUUUUUAUUCCUUCUGUGGGGCGUUUAUCUCUGCUAUGCAGUGCGGACAGUCCCUUCAGCAUUCCACGAGCCACGCUACAUGGCUGUCGCAGUUCACAAUGAGCUCAUUAUCACAGCUAUAUUCCAUACAAUUAGGUUUGUGCUCGCCUCGCGACUUCAGCCCGACUGGAUGCUGAUGCUGCACUUUGCACACACUCACUUGACUGUGACUGUCACCAUUGGGCUGCUUUUGAUUCCAAAGUUUUCACAUUCAAGCAAUAAUCCCCGUGACGACAUUGCUACGGAGGCAUAUGAAGAUGAGCUGGACAUGGGUCGUUCUGGAUCCUACCUGAACAGCAGCAUCAAUUCAGCCUGGAGUGAGCACAGCCUGGAUCCAGAGGACAUUAGGGAUGAGUUGAAAAAACUCUAUGCCCAGUUAGAAGUAUACAAACGCAAGAAGAUGAUCACGAACAACCCUCACCUACAGAAAAAGCGGUGCUCCAAGAAGGGCUUAGGCCGGUCCAUUAUGAGGCGCAUCACUGAGAUCCCGGAGACAGUCAGCAGACAGUGCUCCAAAGAGGACAAGGAGGGCCCGGAGCACGGGGCGGCCAAGGGGACAGGCCUUGUCCGGAAGAACCCCACCGAGUCCUCAGGGAACGCGGGGAGACCCAAGGAAGAGUCCCUGAGAAACCGAGUCUUCUCCCUCAAGAAAUCCCACAGCACGUACGACCACGUGAGAGACCAAACAGAAGACUCCCACAGCCUGCCCACGGAGAGCCAGGAGGAGGAGGCCACGGAAAAUUCGACCUUGGAGUCACUGUCAAGUAAAAAACUGACACAGAAGCUGAAAGAAAACGGUGAGGCAGACUCCACAGAGUCAGUGCCUUUGGUGUGCAAGUCUGCCAGUGCUCACAACCUCAGCUCUGAGAAAAAGCCUGGGCACCCGCGCACGUCCGUGUUACAAAAGUCACUCAGUGUCAUUGCAAGUGCCAAGGAGAAGACACUCGGACUGGCUGGGAAAACCCAGACGUUAGGUACGGAAGACCGAGCUAAGUCCCAGAAACCUCUGCCAAAAGAUAGAGAGACAAACAGGAAGUACUCAAAUUCAGAUAGCACAGAGACUAAAGAUUCUGGCCUCCCAAACUCCAGUCACUUGGAGGAGCUAAGAAAGCCUCAGAAAUCUGGGAUUAUGAAACAGCAGAGGGUCAAUCUCCCCACUGCCAAUCCUGACCCGAGCCCCAGCACCACCCAGAUAAAGGACAAUUUUGACAUCGGAGAAGUGUGCCCUUGGGAGGUUUAUGACCUGACCUCUGGUCCUGUGCCUUCAGAACCAAAAGCUCAAAAACAUGUAUCAAUCGCAGCUUCUGAAGUAGACCAAAACCCAGCUUCGUCCUUGAAGGACAAGCCCCGUCACAAGUCUAAGGCAGCUGAAGGGCCUCACCAAGCCAAUCACAAGAGUGUAGACAAGACGGAGGUGUGCCCCUGGGAGAGCCACGGACAGUCGCUUUUGGAAGACGAUCCCCGUCUGAUUUCUCAGACUCCGAUUCUCCCAGGGAGAGCCAGAGAGGAGAACGGAAGUGAGGUCUACACAACCAAUAUGUGUGCUGGGCAAUAUGAGGAACUGCCCCCCAAAGCCGUAGCAUCAAAAGUAGAGACUGAAAAUCUCAACCAAAUGGGAGACCAGGAGAAACAGACAGCCUCUGUGAAUAUCAUUCCUGGCUCCUGUAACUCAAGUAGUAACUCCCAGCGACCAUUAACAUCACGCGCUGAAGUGUGUCCCUGGGAGUUUGAGACCCUAGAUCAACCAAAUGCUGAAAGAAGUGUAGCUUUAGCCGCCUCCUCUGCUUUAAGUGCAAAUAAGAUAGCAGGACCUCAGAAAUAGGAGGUCGGGGGACACUCUCAAAGGGUAGCGCCCGGAGAAGAAAAGGGGAAAUCCCGAGUUUGAUAGAAAAAAAAGUAUAGAUCUUGAAAAUCAAAAAUUACCAAGGGAUCUUUGUUAGCCUGGGGAAAUAUGCCACAUGGGGUGGUAAGGUGAAGGCAUGGGCAGGAGAAGGCUAGAGGGCAGUUGGGCAUCACCAGAGGGAAGUCUAACUCAGCCGUGAAAAGCCAUUUGCAGAGCAUCAUGGGGGGAAAGCUUGGCAUUUCCGCUUGUUUAAGGGGCAGUGUCCCCGUCAGCCUUUACCCAGGAGGUUAGAUGGUUCUAAGAAAGAUUAACCAGAAGGCACGGAAGAUGAAGGCAUGAAUUUUAAGAUGGGGAAAUCUUAGAUACGUGUGACUGUAAUUCUAAGUAACCGACUGAAAAGACCUACUUUACCCAUUUAACCUUGGUAGCACUGCUAACUUAACGCACCCCAGUACCUUUUAUAUAAACGAUUGCUCUCAUUUUCUUAAAAUGUAUGUUUCAGUACAUCGUUGUGUCUCAUACUCAAGCAUUCCAGAUUGUAUAAUUUUUGCAAAUAACUUUGAUAUCAUGUGACACAACACAUUUAUGCAAUCUGCAGCUACUCAAUUGUCAUUACAACCUACCGAAAACCUACUAUCAACUGUAGUUGAUUCUUGGGGUACAGUAAGCUUUCUCUGGCUUAGGAAGCCAUAACUGUUAUAAUGAAAACUUUCAGUUUGGGCUAUGGUUUUAUAAAGUGCAGUUGGAUUUCCCAUCAUGCUUUGUUGUAAUGUCCUACUUUUUUUUUUUAAUAUAAGUUGAGUUACUGAUUGCGCACUUCCUUCAGGGACUCUGAAGCUUUAUUAAUCUUGGAGAUCAAGUGGUCCCUGCCUAGUCGUAUGUCUCAGUUAGUUAAGGACAACUUUUCCAUUGUUUGUUGCAAGUCAGC